UCAUCUCUUCUUUUCUCUUAAUUCAUUGAGACAUCUAUUAUAUUUCUCCAUUUCCAGACACACUGCAUCUUGAGCUCAGAAAGAGUCCAUGGCUCCCUCUUCAGCUUCUUCAAUGCCCAGAGGCAGUUCUUUUCCGGCAGGACUUCGGGUUCUUGUUGUGGACGAUGAUCCCACAUGGCUGAAGAUUCUUGAAAGGAUGCUCAAUAAGUGUAACUAUAAAGUGAGGGCAUGUAAUUUGGCAAGAGAGGCUCUGAAAUUGCUUCGAGAAAGGAAGGAUGGAUUUGAUAUCGUAAUAAGUGAUGUGAACAUGCCUGACAUGGAUGGUUUCAAACUCCUCGAGCAUGUUGGUUUGGAGAUGGACCUACCUGUUAUAAUGAUGUCCGUUGAUGGGGAAACGAGCAGAGUAAUGAAAGGUGUUCAGCACGGUGCAUGCGAUUAUCUUCUUAAGCCUAUCAGAAUGAAAGAGCUUCGAAACAUAUGGCAGCAUGUCUUGAGGAAAAGGAGCUCAGAGGAAAUUCAGAAGAUGAGGAGCAGAGCAGAGCGGGAGCAAUCUGGAGAUGAUGAUGAUGAUGAUCUGAUUUCUGCUUCGGGAAAGAAACGAAGAGAUGCUGAUGCUGAUGGUUAUGGCUAUGGUGAGACUGCAGCCUUGCCAAUGUCUGUGUCUGUGAAGAGAGCAAGGGUUGUUUGGACUGUAGAGCUUCAUCAGAAGUUUGUCAAAGCCGUCAACCAGAUUGGGUUCGAUAAAGUUGGCCCCAAGAAAAUACUUGACUUGAUGGGUGUGCCGUGGCUGACGAGAGAAAAUGUGGCCAGUCACUUACAGAAGUAUCGACUCUACUUGAGCAGGUUGCCGAAAGAAAAUGAGACAGCAGCAACAGCAGCAUUUUCAUGUUGUGAGAUAACACAGCAGGAAGAUGAUGAUGAUGAUGAUAAUAAUGAUGAUACCUAUUUGAAAGUGGGUAAGCCUUGUGGAGGAAAUGGAAAUGGAAAUGGCUGCCCACAGACUGAGACUUAUGAGGCUGAAACUCCAAAGCUGCAAUCAAGCAUCCCAGACAAGAACAAGAAUGAGAAUGAUCACAGAAACAAGGACUGCACCAGAGAUUUUAUUAGUAUGACUCAACCUUUUUCACACUCUCCUCCUCCUCCUGCAACUCCCAAUUAUACAUCCUCAACUCUUAGUUUCAAUCACUCCUACUUUUCAUCCAAACCCCGAAUUCAACUUCAUUCUUGUUGGACUUCCGACCGAAACUUAGAGGAGAAGCAACCGCAACCACAACAGCAGCAGCAGCCAAUCCGGUUUGGCACGGUGGAUCCUACAGAUAAAUCACUAAUCAAGCCAACCCCCCCACCCCCACCCCCAAUUCCCAGUCCCAACAAGGGAAGUAGUAAUGCUGGACAUUUCAGAGUCACUAGUCCCAUCAUCGAUCCGAUCCCAACCUCUCUAUGGAACAACACACACAACUACAUGAUCCUCCAACAAAAUCUGUUUCAAGAUAUGAUAGACUAUUCCCAGAUUACUGCAACAGGAUCACCUCUCAGCUUGUGGGAUGAAGAAUAUUCUGAUCACUCUUCUCAAUGCGAUUUUUUUCCUUCGUAUGGAGAUGUCGAAUCACCUGCAGGCUACACUAAUCAGGAGCUCAUUGCAGCAGCAGGUGUUUCGCCCCACUUGUAUGAUUCGUUGACAUUAGAUUCAGAGAUUACAGCAGAUCAGAUAGAGACUAUGCUCUGGUAGACCAAUAAUCAAUCACUGUUGUAAUGCCUAACCUUUCCAUCACUUGUGAGAGAGAA